AUGGCGGGCCUGGACGAGCGCGCCCUGGAGACCGCUCUCGCGGGCCUGCGCGAGGAGCUGCGGGGCGGUCUGGAUCGCCUGGAGAGGCUGUGGGGCGACCCCCUCGACGAGGGCGGCGCCCUCCGCCAGGCCCUGCGCGAGGAGCUGCGCCCGCCGAGGGGGCGAGCGCGGCUGCCGGAGCGGCUGCCCGCCUCGCCGGGGGGGCGGCGGAGGCCCUCGUCGCCAGGGAGCCAGAGCGACAGGAGUGACGAGACGUGCGCGGCCGCGGAUCGCCCGUCGCCAGGGACCCAGAGCGUCAGGAACGACUGGGCGAACGCGGCCGCGGGUCGCGGCGGCGGCGGCAGGGCUUGGCGGAGGAGCGCCACGCCCGAGCCAGUGAUCUCCGAGCAGACCAUCGGCGCGCGGCUUGCGGCGUGGAGGUUGAUACAUCGCCACCGGACUGCAUUCGACUCCGUCAUCGGCCUGAUCAUCGUCUUGAGUUCCAUAAUGCUGGGGGUGGAGAUUCAGUGUGAUCUGGAUGGCAAUGCAGCCUGCACGCAGAGGGCCCAUGAUCUAGAAUCUAGAGCAUAUUUUCCUGUCGAUCUUCAUAGUGAAGCUGGUCAUCCGCGUACUUGCUGA